UAAUUUUCUGGGAUUGCUUCUUUCUUCUCUGUUCAUCCUACAAGUCUCAAAAUCUUGACUCAUUCAAUUUGUUAAAAUGAAUCAAUCUCAUUGACUGGUUCUAGUGGAACUAGGCAUUCAAAUUCGGAGAGGCUUGACAUUGUAGUGUAAAGGGGGUUUAGAAUUGACAAGAAUUAUAUGAAAAUCCAAGUGCAUUGGUCACAUGUUUGACCUGACUUCAUGUCUGAAAAGGCAAGAAAUUAGAGGGCCUUACAUACACAAAGCUCAAAGUUGGGAAAACAAUCUUUUCACAUGAUUUCUACUGAAUGAGAGCUCUUUUUCAUAUUGGUGGAUAUGAAUACAUAGUCCAUCUCUUUCUGCCAGCUUUCAUAGCCCCAAUUUUCAGCCAAGUUCUUGCUGCUGGAUGCCCUAUACAUCAAACUAUUUAUUCAUAGCAAAGGAGGACAAGUUUUGGUGAUCAAAGAGCCAUGGCUUAUACUAAUUCAAGAUCUGUGAGGUUUCAUGAUGAUGUUGAAUUUGGGAAUUUCAAUAGUGAUAACUUGUUUAAGGUGCACUACAAGAUCGAUGGAACACGGGUGCCAGAGUCGAGCUCUAAGAAGACCGAAAAGCUGGCUGAUAAGGGUGGAAAAUCGUUGAAAGCCAAGGUGUUAUCUCGCGUCUUUUCAGAGGAUUAUGAGAGAGUAAAGAAGAGGAUUUUGGAUCCUCGCGGGCCUGCAAUCCGUAGAUGGAACAAGAUUUUCCUAAUAGCUUGUUUAGUAUCUUUGUUUGUCGACCCCCUAUUCUUUUACCUGCCAGUGGUGAGGCAGAAUCUCUGCAUCGACAUAGGAUUCACCCUUGAAGUUGUGUUAACAAUCAUAAGAUCAAUAGCAGAUGCCUUUUAUGCAAUCCAGAUUUACAUCAAGUUUCGCACUGCUUAUGUGGCGCCUUCCUCUCGUGUAUUUGGGAGAGGGGAGCUUGUGAUUGACUCGAAGAAGAUAGCUUCAAGGUACCUCCGGUGCUACUUCUGGCUUGACGCCAUCUGCGCCCUUCCUCUCCCUCAGAUGCUGAUUUGGGGGAUCAUCCCUAGCCUUAAAGGUUCAACAAUGACCAACACCAAGAAUGUGCUUAGGUUCAUAAUCAUAUUCCAAUACAUUCCAAGACUUUUUCUUAUGUUUCCUCUCUCCUCACAAAUUGUGAAGGCUACUGGUGUUGUCACAGAAACAGCUUGGGCUGGAGCUGCUUACAAUCUCAUGCUAUACAUGCUUGCAAGCCAUGUUUUGGGUGCUUCUUGGUAUCUUCUAUCAAUUGAGAGGCAAGAGGCCUGCUGGAGGCAUGCCUGUGACCUUGAAUCCUCAUCGUGUCUGUACAAAUACUUUGACUGCCGUAGGGUUAUGGAGACCGGAAGGAAUUUAUGGUUCUUGUCCAGCAAUGUUACGAAUCAGUGCAAUCCGGAUAAGAGCCAUUAUCCUUUUGGAAUCUAUGGAGAUGCUGUAUCUUUCGACGUCACAUCAGCUAGCUUCUUCAACAAGUACUUCUACUGCCUCUGGUGGGGCUUGAAGAACCUUAGUUCUCUGGGGCAGAAUCUUGCUACAAGCACCUAUGUUGGAGAGAUAAGCUUUGCGAUCAUUAUGGCGACGCUUGGUCUCGUCUUGUUUGCGUUGCUCAUCGGAAAUAUGCAAACAUACCUUCAAUCGACAACAGUUCGAUUAGAAGAGUGGAGAAUACGAAGAACAGAUACCGAGCAGUGGAUGCAUCAUCGGCAGCUGCCUCAAGAGCUGAGGCAGUCCGUGCGCAAGUAUGAUCAGUACAAAUGGGUUGCCACGAGAGGCGUUGACGAGGAAGUUCUGCUCAAGGGCCUCCCUCUCGAUCUCAGGCGCGACAUCAAGCGCCACCUCUGCUACGACCUUGUUCGAAGGGUGCCUCUCUUCGACCAGAUGGACGAGAGGAUGUUGGACGCGAUAUGCGAGAGGCUCAAGCCCGCGCUGUGCACAGAGGGCACGUGCCUAGUGCGGGAGGGCGAUCCCGUCAAUGAAAUGCUAUUCAUUAUACGGGGGAACCUCGAUUCCUACACCACGAAUGGCGGUCGGACCGGGUUCUUCAACUCCUGCCGCAUUGGUCCAGGGGACUUCUGCGGCGAGGAGCUUCUCACGUGGGCCCUCGACCCCCGCCCGAGCGUCAUCCUCCCGUCCUCCACGCGGACGGUGAAGGCCAUAUCGGAGGUCGAGGCAUUCGCCCUCCGAGCCGAGGAUUUGAAGUUUGUGGCGGGGCAGUUUCGGAGGCUACAUAGCAAGCAACUAAGGCACAAGUUUAGAUUCUACUCCCACCAGUGGAGGGCUUGGGCUGCUUGCUUCAUUCAGGCGGCGUGGCGGCGAUACAAGAAGCGGAGGAGUGCGGCGGAGCUCCGGGCGUUGGAGAGUCUGGAUGAAGAGGAAUCGGAGCAACAGGCUGAGGAGAAGGAGAUGCAUGUUUAUGCAGGGAGAUUGGCUGCUAGUAGGAGAGUUGUUAAGCAUCUCAAGCAUACUGACUCCGGUUCGAGUACAGCUGGUUCGCUGCAGAAGCCGACUGAACCGGACUUUUCUACUAUAGAGGAUGAAUAGAAAUCGGGCAAAUGUGAGGCCUUGGGAGGUGGAUUUCUGACGGUUAACGACUCUCUCUCUUAGCGGAUCAAAUGUGUAUCCUGAUUGGACACUCAUCAUAAUAUUAUCGGCUCGAGAUGUGGGGGCCUUGGUGGGGUUUCAACCUUUUUGCAAGAAAUCAGGCAAAUGUACAAUGUAAAGCUGAAAUUGUACGUGGAUAUGUGGAUUAUUUGACAUUAUUCUUUUUUAUAUAUGUAUAAUGUUUUCGGUUAGAGUGGAUUUGAGUGGUUGUGGGUGUGAAUGAUAUAGAUAAAUAAAAACUAUACUUAGUUUA